CAUAAAAAUGCUUCCUUUUUUUUAUCGGGUUCAUAACUUAAUGAAUUCGCGUCCGGUCAAUUGGCUUGGUCCAUCGAUCUGAAUCGGCCUAGACUACGCCUCCAGGGCCUAAACUUGUCAAGCUAGACAUGAUAGCCAGAGUACAUCCUGGGAAACUGUUGCAGUUAAGCUACUCGUGGCUUGUCAUUCAGCUACCUCCUAUCCAGUAAUUUCGCUUUUUCUCGCCGUCUCUGGUGCCAUAGCUUGAGCUUGAGUAACGGCGGUUCCCGAAGCCACCUUAUUCUCAGUACCAUUAACUCAAUACAUAACUCUCGUUGGAAAUGAUUGGCCAGGGGCGAGGAUUAAGCAACUUUUUCAGCUAACUACUCGCUGCGUUAAUUUACCCUACCGAUUUUGUCGAUAUAGUUGUCCUGUCAUCCAUAUCAAUAUUGCUGCGGAAGACCACCAAAAGGCUUUCACUGGGCAGUUUAGCAAUGGGGGUCUGUCACGUUACGUCAAGCGCCUCACUUCUUCUUACCUGCUUCUCUCUGCAGAAUGAAUGCUGUUUUCGCCUACGAAAGUCGUGUUCGGAUCAAGGAACCACGGUCAAAGCGAACUAUCUUCCUAUGCAGCAAAUACAAUGCCUGUGUCUGAUUCGAGCCGGUACUGGUGAUUCAACAGUGGGAUUUAAUUCAUGUAGACACAUGGCACGUGGCAAAAUCAAGGUUUUAGAGGAAUCCAAGCUUAGAAGUUGCCAAUUUGUGGUACGACCAGAUCGAGUAGACACAGGAACUCGAACCGGACUGGCAACGCACUCCACCUCGACGACUUUAGCGCGACGUGGGAUAUCCUUGUCUUAAUGAACAUGGAGUUUCCAACCCAUCUUAGCUGCAAUAUUAUACUGCCAUAUUUCCAAGCUCUAUAGAUUUGAAGAGAAAUCAUCUACUAACAGGUAGCUAACCUAGGUACCUUGGGUAAAUUCGGAUAGGUACUGACUCUACGCGCGUCUCUACUACGCUAUCUACCCAAUUCCUAGCGUUAGUUUGCCUUUGUGCAUUAUAACCGUCGUUUGUCUAAUUGCGCUCAAACAAAACCCCUCGCAAAGAGACUUUACCUAACGCAAGAUUCGAUUGGCUAUCCCAACCCAACCUUACGGGUGGCCACUUGGAAUAUCAGUAAAAAUAACAUAAGCUUAUAGUGGUAAAGAAGUUUAUGAGGUUGCACUGAUCGCCAUCUUAACUAGGAUCGACAUCCACUCGUAAUGAUAUAGGGCUCAAACAUUACCUACCUACCUCUAUCUAUUUAAUAUUAGAUGGGUUCAGCGUACUGUACCAGCCCCAAUGAUACCAGCCUCGAUAUAUAGUCUGUAUAUCUUCGAU